CGCAUGAACUUAGUUCAACACGCAGUAUGUCACAAGUGUGUCUCACAUCUCACAGCAGGCAAAGACCUGUGUCUCCAAAUCCAGAGAUCACAAAAUUACACACACAGACAGACACACCGACUUGCACUACACGGAGUCAGUCUGUCUGGUCGUCGAACAGGUACUCAAACUCUCCGAAAUCGAACUCGUAAUCCGCACUUCGCAAGGGAAUGCCUGUGGAGGGCUCGCCGGAUCCUGGCGGUGGUAGUCUUGUCGGGUAGGAAAAAUAAAGAAUCCCUCCAGAAGGGCCUGCAAAAGAGAAGACGCGCAUGCGACACAUAAGGGGAGCAGCUGAUUGGGAUGGUGCGUACGUGGGUUGAAUCCUGGUGUGGAGGUGAUGUUGAACGGCAGGUGACACUCAUAGUCGUAAAAGAUAAUCAAGACACGCUGCACAACAGCAACGGCAAAUGAACGCGCGCAAGGAGAAUGAACGUUGUGCCUCUCCUACCACGUUGGCAGUAGUUGGCCUGAGAUUGUAAAACGCUGCGUCUCUGAAAGCCUCAAAGCAUAUCCUUAGAGUCUGGUCGACGUCCUCAUCGUUGAUAUUAACAUUGAAUAGAGGACUCUCGAGAACCGCAUCUUCGUAGAAGUCGUCGUCUGGCGGGUCUUCUGUGUAUGCCUUCGAGGCAGCACGAUCGGCAACAAUGUCAGCAUCGCCAGAACGAGAGCUGGUUGCAACAACAAUUGCAGGAUAACCAAGAUUGAAAGCCAAGUCCUGCACUCACAUGAGAAGAAAACAAAUACACGGCAGGCGAUUCUUCCAGUCAAUCCGCAUGUCCGUACUUGAUCGAAACUUAUGCAGUUCCUUGCGUCAAUCUGCGUGAUGAAUUCGGUAUUGUUUGUUGGAUCGAAUGCAUUGAUUUGGGUGACGGGGCAGCCAUACACUCCGCGAGGAGGGGCUGCAGCCAAUGUACACAGGACCAGGGUUCACACGCUUCAGUCACGGGGUGCCUACUGUUUUGUUUCCUCACCUUCAGACUGCUCACGUGACGCCGAUGGCUUGGUAAGUGGGAUGGUCUGCGUACACAUAGACGUAGAGGACACGACGCAUUCGUUCAGCGUCCAUUACUUACCUGUCUCUUCUCGAUGGUCUCUUUGACGGAGUCUUUCUCUUGCACCUCGGACGUGUUCAACGUCAUAUCUGCCGAUGCCUUCUCACCCUUCUUGACCUCGUGGGACCAAUCGAUCGGCCCAUCGAUGGACGUAGCGGCAUUAACGACAUCGUCUUGUGAGGUAUUAAACAUGGAUGUCUCUCGCUGAUUUUCCUCAACAAUGGCAUUGGCUAUCGGUAUUUGCUGGAAGAGUCCCGGGAUAUCGAUUGAGGGGAAGCAGACACCAUUAACCAGGAGGAUGGUAAGCUGCUGCACACACGAGGUAGCGGAAGCAAUGCCCAUACGUUCACUAUACGCUUGACCCAACGAUUAGCUAGUCAUUCACUCACCACAUUGCUGCUAUCCGCUCGGUCUCCACCGGACACAACGAAGACGUCCAUGAAGGUGCCUUCGGCGGUCGGCAAUCGGACAAAGUUCUCAAAGGCUUCCACAUCACCGUCUUGAGGCUCAGUGCUAUUGCCUGCCAGCUGCCUGUCAACGUAAAGACAGCUCACGACUUGAUUAUUCUAUCGAGCUCAUUCAUCAAGCAUACCCAUCGACUGUGACGAGAAUCCAUGCUGCGGGGCCCUCAAUGCUAUUCGUGGCGAUAAGGACUUCAGGAAAACCACUGUUUCUCACAAAGACCUGUGCGAAAGAAAGGAAUGAGUACGACCAGCAACAUUUUUUAUUCCUGCAAUGCACCCUACCAAAUCGACCGUGACAAUUUGGCUUUUUCCGCUCCUGACAAUGUUGUUCUCUUUGGUAAGUAAAAGGAUGGGGCAUGCAGGGAAAAAUACUGUUGGACCUGCACGAGUAGAAGGAAGGGAAAGUGAACGGACCUAGGAACACUCUCCGUUCACUGGGGAUAGAAAGUGGGGGAUAGAAGCUUUUUGACCUUCCUGCUCUCCCUUUGUGUGGACGUGAGUUCCGUCCGAUGAAUUCUAUUCAUCGACACACAAUCGAUAUCCAUAGAUUCUCACUAGCCAGUGAUCCCUCUCUUAAACUUCACUCACGCGCUCAUUGCUGACUUCUCUCUCUCGUACCUGUUUCGGCAGCGGGUUUUUCUCCACGACCUCUCGACCGUUAUCAUUGGCUCCCUGUCCUUUCUGUUUUUUCAUCUCAGAGCCAUCGCCCUCCUCAAUUAGCCGGCCAAAAGGAUCCAGUUCCGGGAAGAGAUCAGUGAGGUUUCCGAAGUCGUACUCAUACUCAGUGCGCGGCUCUUCGUACUCCCCGUCAUUCUUCGAAUCGUCAAUGCCCCCAAGCAGUGUGACGUCGAUGCCCGUAGCAUUGGGGUCUGUACACGUCAAGCACAUGGAUCGAAAACACAAUCCACAGGAGACACAGCUUACUUACUUGUCACGGCGAUCUUGAACGGAAUGCGACACUCAAAGUCGUACCAAAUUAUGAGUACACGCUAGACAAGACACAACAAAGGGCAGACAGACAGUGGGUACCUCUCGAAUGGUUUCGUCAGCGGUGCUGACCACGUCGGCAUUCGUCGUCGCUAGCGUGUUGUCAAGGCCAAAAAGUUCUCCACCGAAUGGAUACAGAAUGACGUCCAAGGCAAGACCUUGUCCGCCACUGAUUGUUAUGUCUGUUGGGAUGAAUACCGAGUCCUCGAAAAAGUCACCGGACGGUCGGUCUUCUGUAUAUGUCUUUGAGCCACCAAUGUACUCCCUAAAGAGGCAAAACACAUCAAUAUACGCACCCAUCGAUAUCCUUCCCACCUAAUUGGUACGGUACGAUCCUCGUAUUUGUCUUUCCUCCUGCCUUCCAAAUACACGGACAUAUCCGCAUCGCCAGAGACGGAACUGGUUGCGAUGAUGAUGUAUGGAUAGUUGAAGCGUCGGGGGCCCGCCUAGAGGCACAAAGAACGCCUAUUAUGGAUGGUUCUCUAGAUGUGUCUGUACCAAAUCAACUACUAAACGCUUGAAGCGCUCUUCAGGAGUAAAGGAGUCAUAGGGAUCGAAGAAAAGACGCGUGCCAACGAGGAACUCUGUAUUGUUUGUUGGGUCGAAUGGGUUGAUUUGGGUCACAGGACAGCCAUACACGCCGCGAGGAGGACCUGCAAUCGACGCAAAGAUAGGGAGGGCUUGCAUGGGCAUGCAGGACGUCGACUGUGGCCUGCCUGUCCUCCCAUUUGUCUCCCUCACCUUCCAGCUGCUCGCGUGCGGCCGAUGCAUUGGUAGAUGGAAUGGCCUGUAUACGCAUAGACAUUAUUACUUAUGUGCCCUCGCUUUAUUACUGCUUGCCCUCCCUCGAUCACUGAUGCCAUCCCUUUUUCCUUUUACCUGUCUACCCUCGAUGUCCUGUUUGGCGGGGUCCGUCUCCUGCAGCUCGAGCGCGUCCAGAUCAACAUCAGCCGACGCCUUGUCGCCCUUCUUGGUCUCGCGAGACCAAUCGAUCAGCCCAUCGGCAAAUGUGCCACGUCGUGAAAAGUUCGACACACUCAGCGGCCCGUCGCAGAAAAUAGAAGGGUCUACAUCCGACUGGUACUUCAUAAGCAAUUGCUGCAAAGAAUAAUAUGGGCAUCCUUUCUGUAGCGUGCUUUUGUUUCCUACGAACCACAUUCGCAUCCGAUGGGAAUCCACCGGGAUAAUACGGUAUAUACCCGUAUUUAUACGUGUCGCGUGAAUAGACAUAUGGGUUGUCCACAAACGGCACGACGAUGAAAAUAUCCAAAAAGGUGCCUUCAGCGGUCGCCACUUGUACGCAGCUCUCGAAGACAUUAUCAUAACCGUCCUGAGGGAAUUGGCUUGUACCUACAACUUCACUAAAUACACACGAAUAUAGCAGCUUGGCUGGCUUUUCUUGAAAUCAAUUCACCUCACCCAUCAACAGUGGCAAUCAUAGAUACUGAAGCGCCUUUGAUGCUGUCCGUUAAGAUAAUGAUCGUCUCAAACUCAGCAUUCCUCGCGAAGACCUGAAAACACAGAAGACAUGCAGAUCGAUUGGACGAAACAAAGGUCCCCUUUCGUCACCAAAUCGACAGCUACAAAGUGAUUGCUCCCUCCUCGAAUCCAGUUGGAUGCAGGCGAAUACGGGAGAAUCCCCAGAAUCAGUCCGUCUGGAAAAUAAUCCAGAUCCCCAGGAAGAGAAUCAAGCUCGUACGCUACACACGCACACACGCGCGCACGCACAAGGGAGAGCGAGAAAGGAACCUUUCGCGUGCCACGCCCAUGAGCAUUAUCGUGUACUACUCUGUCUCUGAUCUUCCUGGUCUUCCUUCGAGUGGACGUGGGCUUCGCUCUGUGCACAGACAGAUAAAAGACACGCGUGAGCGUAUGCUGUCUCCCUCGCUUGCUUACUCCCUGACCUCCCUCUGUCGCACCUGAGCGGGCUGUGAGCUGCUCCUCGCCGCGUCCGCAUUUUUCUCACUGGUCGUCUUGAAGCUCCCGAAAUCAUCAUCGUCAUCGUCGUCGCGAUCCCUCCGUGGUCGAUCGGGCUCCUCAAAAUCGUCAUCGUCUGUCUUCAAUCCCCCUCCGAUCGUUACAUCAAGACCAGACGGCCCUGACAGACAUACAAAGAUACUCGCUCAUGCAAUAGCUUCAUAUACCUACUCACCGCCAGUUAUAUUGAAGAAGGGAAAGAAGCAGUCAUAGUCCACAAAUACAAGCAAGACACGCUGAACAAAAAGUGGGGGCACGGGUGGGAAAUGAGGCUAUAAGAUUGUUGAUUUCGUACCACAUUGGCAGUCUCAUUCACUCCCUCCUUGGUGAACAGAAAAAUCCCGAGUUCGUCUCCUUCCUGUGUAGGAAAAAAGAUGCUAUCUUCAUAGUUAUCAGCGGGAGGGUUGGCGGUAGGGUUGUCAGAGAAAGCGGAAUAAACGCUGCAAGCACAAUCAACAAUGCAUGUCUGUCAGCCCCUCUAUCACCCCCUCUAUCCCUACAAUGUGCACUAUCGUACGUGUCAUUUAAAUAGGGAAAAAUGAAUGAUGUCGCAAACAUGUCAGCGUCGCCAGAGAUGGAGCUUGCCGCAACGCCCACGAAUGGAUAUCCCGCCAGUCUCGGCAGAUCCUGCAUAGACGAACACACCAACAAAGGCAAGGUGUCUCAUUAGCCGAGGUACAAUCUUUGUGUUGUCCCUUCGCACCAGGUCAACAAAAAUCCGCUUCUCCUCGCCAGGCUGGAUUGUGAAUGCUGUGUUCCCCGUCGGAUCGAACGGGAAAAUGUGGCUCACUGGGCAGCCGUAGACACCACGAAGGGCAUCAAUCGCUGCAUUCAGGAAAACACACCAUUAGCAUGUGCCCAUUUUCAAUGUGUGUGUCUGCUCACCGUCUUGCUGCUCCUCUUUUGCUGCGGGGCUGACGGUUGCCUCACCCUGACGACACACACAUUCACACACACCUUGUGUGAAUAGGUAGGCUUUGGCGGUCAUUCUGGUGCCUUCACGUACCUGUUUUCUCCACAUUUUCUGUUUAAUGGUGUCGGUCACAGACAGCUCAAACGCCUCCAGACCCAGGUCAGCCAGAAAAUCGUCAGUCUCCUCACCGGCGCGGAACAGAUCGAGCAGCUCAUCAACGCUCAUAGCAUCGACAUCAGUGUCAGAGAGCGGCUCUUUCUCGGGAAUGUUGAACCCAGGGAUGAGGUACGGAUCGUUGGGUACAGCGCACAAACCAGUAACAUGGUAAAUCACCACUCC